AUGUUCGAGAAAGCCAUCAAGGCAGCCUUCGGAGAUCCAGACGAGGAACGAACAGCGGAACGACAGCUGAUGGCGCUCCGACAAACGGGAUCUGCGUCCAGCUACGCCGUCAAGUUCAGACAGGUUUCAAGUUCUCUCGAAUGGAAAGACGAACCUCUGAUGGUUGCGUUUUACGCCGGGUUAAAGGCAGAAGUCAAAGACGAACUCGCCAAGAUAGACCGACCCAAGGAAUUCGCGCA